AUGGCUGUGGAGCUGAAAAAUGCUGCCAACCGGUAUGAGCUCCUUGAAAAAGAGAAUCGGGCUAAUUCGGCUGACCUGAAGAAGGCCCUUGAUGCGGCCAAAGGGACGCGUUCCGAAAUUUGCGAUGUGCGGGAGGAGAUUCGACAGGCCGGAGAGAUCGCGGCUGGAAACCCCUAUUUGUUGCGGAUGAAGUUCUUAGAUCCCAAGUAUGCUCCUCUGGAUCGGCGAUGGAGCCCUGCAGACGCGUAUGCGGAUCUGGCGAAGAGUACGGCUGAUGCAGCCAAGUUUUUCGAGGAUCAAAAAGAUGAUGAAGUGGAAAAGCUGUUCUGGUCGCAAUUUAGUGCUCCAACGCGCCCGUUGCCAUUGAGCGAGAGGAUGGCUGCUGUGGCCGAGCUCCAUAGGUUGUCCGGUCUUGCAAUGAGUUCUGUAAUAGACCAUCUAUGGCUGAAGGGGCCGAAGCCGGAGAGUUAUUUUGGUUUAGUGCAACAAUUGCUUGGUGCCGUGUCGCGAAUCGAUGCCAUGAAAAGGUCGGCAUGCAUAGAGGGCGCACGAAUGGCUCUUGCCCGCGUUAAGUCAUACUGGAAAGAUAUGGAGGCCACCAUCAUUGCGACCCAGAAUCCGGCGGGAAGCCAGGAUCUGGCCGAGCACUACUUGGAGCAGCGCCGCCCCCAAAUCGACGCCCAAAUCCUUCGUGCCCUCCACCAGAUCGCCGCCGCCGCCGCCCCCGCCCGCCACCAGACCACUGCCGCCGCCGCCGCCCCCAGCCAUCCCACCGCCGCCGCCGCCCCCAGCCAUCACACCGCCGCCGACCUCCCUCCAUCCCGAGCAGUACCGCCGUCGCCCUCCACGCCGAGCCGUGCUGCAGUCGCCCUCCACGCCGAGCCGAGCUGCAGUCGCCCUCCAUGCCGAGCCGUGCUGCUGUCGCCCUCCACCGCUCCAGAGCGGCGCCGCCGAGCACCCAAUCGACCACAGCCGCCAGCCACUUCUGAGCGGCGCCCCCAAUCACUCCAGGUCGGGGCCCGUCGGCCGACCUCCACCCAGACCAUUUCCGUCGUCGGCAACGGAAAGGGCAAGAGGAAGCAGUGCCUUCCCAAAGCGGCAUCGUGCUACUCUUCUCCGCGGCCGUUCACGCUGGCGAGCAUGGGAGGACUCCCGACCACGGCUUCCUCCCCGCUGACGGCGAGCACGGUGCCUCUCCACUUAGAUCCGUGCCGGUGGAAACCCGAUGCAGUUGCAAGUACGAAGCCAGAUUUCCCCUCCCUCCUACAUCCCCCAUCCACCGAGUUAGUAAUUCUUCCGUAUUGCUGUUUUUUUUUCUUUUGCUGCCAAAUUGAUGGAGGUGCUAUUAGUGAAAGGAUUGGAGACUGGUUCCAGCAGCGGUAGAUUUUUUGAGAAAUUCCAAGUGCUCGUGAUUUGCAAAGGGUUUCAGCCAAGUUAGUGUACGUGUACUCUCCUAUGAUUAGUAAAAUUUCAUGUGCCUGUAUGCACCCUUUUUAGGUACAUGGAUCCAUCUUUUUUUAUUCAGUUUCAAACACAUUGCACAACUGAAGACAUUUGUUAUAUAGCUCGAGACAGUUUACUCACUAUGGCUGACUGUUAUUCCAGGAUAAUAUGCAAUGUUAAGUCAAUUAUUUUCCUCAUGCUACCACAAUUUUUUUCAACAUUAAUUUUUCAGCUGCUUGAUGGAAUCAUGGAAGGAACAUACAGUGCAGUACGAGACGAGGGAUGGUCUGAUGAUGUUGUCGAGAUGAGUAUGGUGCUCAUACUGUUAUCAUUUUGUAUUCAGAAUCUUUGAUGUUAAAUGGUGGGGUGUUAAUGCAGCCCUCGAUAAAAAAUGGAGAUUAUACUACCAUAGUUAGCUCCACUGUAGAAAGUAACAUAACCAGCCUGAAGUAGGUGUAUAUCUAUUACUCUUUAAUAGUACAUAAGCUUUUGAACCUAGUAAGUCAUUGCUUCAGAGUUAUGCCUGCUUAGAUUAAUGGUUGCUAUGCUAACAAGAUACAGUGAAAAAUUACUUUGUUUCGAAUACAGUAAGUAUAUGACCUUAUAUAAUGGUUUAUGAUUAGAAUUAGCAAGGUCCCUUUACCCUCUUAAUGUGUUUACACUUCCUCUGAUGAAAUAAUAUGCUGUCUAUGAACCUUAACAAUCGUCAUCUUAGCUAAACAAAAAAGGAACAAGGCCCACCAGAUUUGUUCGUAGUGCACAUUGUUUUUUCUACAAAAUAUUGGAGUAUCUGGAUCACAAAUCUGACCUGUAAAAAUGUUCAAACUUAUUGAUAUUUUAUUCCUGAAAUUUUAAAAACAAUGAAUACAAUUUUUUAACUUAACCUGGCUUCAUGUUUUUUGUCCUGUGAAUAAAAACAAAGCUUCACUACAAGGCGAUUUUCUGGUGAAUGAAUUAAACUCAAGGUCUCUAGCAAAGGAAUCAAGUUUUUCACAACUUGUGAUUUUGAACAUCAUUUUAUUUAUUGCCAAGGAUCACCAUGACAUCUAUGGUUGUAUGCUCUUCUCAUAUCUUUAUUAUUUUCAAGAUUACUAUAUAGUACAUGAACUACCCUGUUUCAUUGGUUCAGUUUAUCUUCAUUCAUGUUAGGAUUUUCUCUUGGCUUCCUGGUUCUUCUUUUCUCUGGCGAACUUGAACAACUCUAUUAAUGUGUCAGAAAAUAAAGUCUUCCUGUACAAAUCUACAUAUGUGUAAUCAGGUAUGCUAUAUAUCACCUUUCAUUCUUUUCCAAUCGUGCUGCUGUAUGACUUCUUUUAAGAACAGAUUAUUCAACUCAGCGGACCUUGAAUAGUUGAAUGUCUGAUAUAACAUCACAAUGACCUUUCUUACUCUGGUUAUAUUUGCCAUUUGUACCACAGUAAGCCACCUCACUUUCUGAUUUCUGAGUCAAAUGCUUUACCUGAUGUCGGGCUCUCUCUUCAGACAUACAUGAAACAGUUCUUCACAAGAUCAUGAUUGUAUACAUAUAAAAAAAAUCUUCUUCUCAUAUCUUAUUUGGCCUCUCUACAGCGUAGUAUGUAAAAAGUUGUCGGCGGUCAGUCACGCCUCUGCCUGCCAGUACUGGUAAAUUCUUACUAGGCAACUAGAUGUGCUUAAUUUGUGUGUCCAGGCCUGAAACUGGACUAGAUAAAAUUGUACCAACUUAUAAUGGUGGAUUCUAAUUAUAGUGAACUAGAUAAGCGGCCUUGGGUGACAUUUUGAGCUCUUGGCUAUUUUCUUUAACUGUCAAGUGUGUAGCAGCCAACAGUGUGAAUUUAUGAUGGUUAUUUAGUUUAUUUGAUUGUACGCUAUGCAGAGCUUUCCUCAUUAAUUCAAUUUUACACAAAAUUGGAAGGCUAUUGUAUUGCUGUGUAAACUGGAGCAAGGCCGUACCAUUUCCAUCUGACAAAACAUCCUGAAUGUCCUGUCUAGUUCUUCCACUCUAACAAGGCCAUACAUAACGGUGUUGUAAGAUGAAAGUCCGGGCAGUAUUUAGCUUUUAAACUUACAGUAUACUGCUCUUACAGUGUUGUGAGAUUGAAGGUCCAAUAUACUACACUUCAACACAGAUCUUUAUCAUUAUUUGAGAAGAAAACUUUUAAUUGGCAGUAGAGUUGUAUCUAGUAAACUUUGGAAUUUCUUGAUUAAUUUUCUGUAUCUAUGACUGCAAUGGUUGCAGCGAUCUAAUUUGCAUGUUUGUGUGUGUUCUUCAGGAAUCAUGAUACUACUUUGCGAUCUGAUUGGUGAAAGGGUAUUUUCUAUGGUUCUCUCAUAUCCGACUGGUCUUUUUCUCUCUAUAAAGUAGCAUUGAAAAUGUUCUUUUAUUUCCUCCGACCUCUCAGAAGCUCACACCUGAAUACCAUGAUAUAUGCCUUUAAGAAAACUCUGUAUGUUCUUUUGAUUUAAACCUAACACCAAACAUUUUAGUUUCUAUACUUCUGUCAGUUAAUGCUGGAAAAAUAUUUGAUUUUUGUUGUCGUACUAGUUGCCUUUGUGUGCUCAUACGGAAAUACUAGAUCCUAUGAUGUCAAAAAUUUAUAGACUGUGGAUGACACUUUUUUCUCGAACGUUGUUCCUAUUGUCUUAUGUGCAGUUUUUUCAGAGUUUGAUGAGUCUUCACUUUCAGGAAACUAAACUUAAUAUUAGAGGCAAUCACACCAUGCCGUUACGGGUUUAAUUAUUUGUCCAGACCUGAAACUGUUGUCAUGCUUUCCAGGAAGGGCAACUAGAUGUGCUUAAUUCAUGUACCCAGGCUUGAAACUGCGGACAUUUUUUAGCUUUUUAUUAAAUCGAAUAUUCACUCGAUGCCUUGAAGGGAAAUUUGUCGAGAAAAUGUUGGGCAGUGCAUCUUUGUAGAUUCUGAGUAUCGUAAUGUAAUGGAUAUAAUGUUUUCUAAUACGUGACUUGUGAUUUGAUGUCUUCCUGUCCAGGUUGAAAAUGUUCCUGUAAGAUUUGUUAAGACACGUUGCCGUAAGCAUAUGUCGUGAGCUCACACAGAAGAACUUACAGGCUUUACUCUUUGUGUUUGUUACAUCUUGUACUGUCGGAUGUCUAGAGACUACAUAUGCUAAAUUAUGAGGGAAGUCUUCAUGUGUAAUCAGUGAAUUGCAUACAUUGUAAAAUGUUUGAUGAUCAGACUUUAUAAUAUAUAUGCGAUGUGCAUCU